AUGAAGGCCAGUCCCUCCAUCUCUCGCCUUCUUACCCGAUCAACCAAUCGCGUCCUUGGUGCCUCUUUGUCCCAACCUGUCUCAUACCCUCUCACCUCACGUCUGCUUCACUCUUCUGCCACCGUUCCAGCCAGACUCUCGACUGGCCAGACACUUCAACAGCUCGCUUACCGCAACCGCCUCACUCCUCGUUCAGCUUCUUUCUCGACCUCUGGCCCCUCUCACCAGGAGGCUGCUGCUGUUGCUCCCGCUUCCCAAGUCUCUCCCGCCCCCGUCGCCGAUAUGCCGGGUGUUUACGCCGAUAUGGCUGGCCGCCUUGACGCCCGCCUGCUCAAGGCCCUCGACGCCAUGGGCUAUGCAAACAUGACGCCCGUUCAGGAAAAGGUCCUUAACAUGGGCUCCUUCACCCAGGACUGCCUCGUCCAGGCCAAGACCGGCACCGGCAAGACCAUUGCCUUCCUUCUCCCCGCCCUGCACACGCUCUUGAACGCCAAGGACCUUGACCCUUCCCAAGUUGCCUUGUUGAUCCUGGCUCCCACGCGUGAGCUCGCCCAGCAGAUCGUGGAUGAGUGCGAGAAGCUGGUCAGCCAGUGCAAUCCCCGCUUCGAGUGCCAUCUUGCCGUUGGUGGUAGCGCCAAGGCCUCCAGUCUCAGCAAGUUCCUUCGUGGCAAGCCCACCAUCCUCGUGGCCACCCCCGGACGUCUUGAUGACUACCUUUCCGACGAGCGUGUAAAGCAAAAGUUCAACAACCUCCGCUGCUUGGUCCUGGAUGAGGCCGACUGCAUGCUUGAUCAAGGCUUCUUGCCCGCCCUGACCAAAAUCCUCACAAGCUUGCCUAAGAAGCAACAGGCUGGCUGGCAGGGCAUGUGCUUCAGUGCCACGCUCCCUCCGUCGAUCCACAAGGUGCUGCACCACGUUCUCGCUCCCAAGCACGCUCACAUCUCCACUGUCGACGAGAACGAGGCCCCGACCAUCAACAGCGUCCCUCAGUCAUACAUGAAGGUCGAUUCAGUUGACGAUGUCCUCCCCACUCUGCACAACCUUCUGUCAGCUGAACGCUAUGACAACCCCAAGCUCAAGGCUGUCGUGUUCUGCUCAACCGCCAGACAGGCCGCUCUGUUGUACACCCUUUUCGGUCACACGGGCGGCGCUUCCCCCGCGAAGCUACCUGUGUGGCAGAUGCAAUCGCGCAUGAACCAGGCGCAACGCACCAGGACGACCGAGGAGUUCAAGAACACCGACAGCGGUAUCCUCUUUGCCUCGGACGUGGUUGGACGUGGCUUGGACUUUCCCGAUAUCCACCUUGUCAUCCAGGUCGGAAUUCCCCUCAACAGCGAGCAGUACGUUCACCGUGUCGGAAGAACCGGUCGCGCCGGCAAAGGUGGCCGCGCCGUCAUGAUUAUCACCCCCGAAGAUUUUUGGUUUGUGGAGCGCAACCGCCAGUUCCCCAUGGCCCACCAGUCACUGGCCAAGGUUCCCGAUCAGGUCAAGGCCCAAGCCUACGUUGCAUAUCUUGGCUUCGUCAACACCAUGCGCAGCAAGAUGAAGAUCACCCCCGCCCAGAUGGUUCAGGUCGCCAAUCGCUACGCCUUCUCCCUCGGCUGCGAGGAGCCCCCGGCCAUUGAGGCGUCUACAAUUGGCAAGAUGGGCCUCAAGGGUGUUCCUGGCCUCAUCAAGAAUACCGGCCCGUCUCUAAGAGGACAGCGGAAUGGCGGCAACAGGCCGAACCAAUCUGCCCCCCGCGGUGGUGGUCGUGAUGCUGGUCGUGAUGCUGGCCGUGAUACUGGCCGUGAUGCUGCCCGCGAUUUGGAUACUUCCUUCUUUGGCAAUGGUUCUAAUGGAGGCGCUCCUCGUGGUGGUGGCCGCGGCCGCGGUGGCUUCGGCGGUAGAGGACGUGGUGGCCCUAGUGGUGCCGGUGGUGACAGGAACAGUAGCUUCAAGAAGCCGCGUGACGAUUCUGCCCCUCCCGGCUCUUCUGGCGGUUCCCGGAAUAAGAGACCGAGACGCGAGGACAACAGGCGUGAGGCCUUCUAA